GCCCCUCCUAAAUGAAGUGGUGAGCGACCGAUCCUCGUUGCAGAGAGAGAGAGAGAGAGAUGGGCCAGCCCAAGAGCAUCGGCGAGGUGGGCGUGGAUGAUCUGGUGGAGGCGGGUCUGUCCAGGGAAGCCGCCGCUGAGCUCGAGCGGACGCUCCGAGUGUCGCUGGCCCGAGCCCGGCGGCAGUCCGGGCUCUACCCGAGAGAGGUGUGGAGAGAGUUGACGAGCGCGAGGGUGUUGAAGCCGUCGCACCCCCACAGGGUGCAUCAGUUGGUGUACUACUCGGUGUACUCCGAUUGGGACGACUCCGCUCGAGGCCCUCCUCUCUAUUGGUUCCCUUCCCUAUCCCAAUCAAAAGAAACAAACUUGGGACGCCUCAUGGAAUUGCAUGGCGGAAAGCUUCUGGGGUCAUCGUACAAGGAUCCCAUAACGAGCUUUAGCCUUUUCCAUAAAUUCUCUGUGGAGCAUCCUGAAAGUAUGUUUCAUGUCUACUGGUCAAUAAUUCUUAAUGAACUCUCAAUUUCAUUUCAUCGUCCACCGAGCUGCAUUCUUUACACGAGUGAUAAAUCAAAGCCCAGUGGUACGUGGCUUCCCGGGGCGGUACUAAACAUAGCUGAAUGCUGUCUAUUGCCCUCACAACGACAGAGAAAAGGGGAUGACAGUAUAGCCUUAGUAUGGAGAGAUGAAGGCAAUGAUCAUAUGAGUGUUCACCGUAUGACAGUAAAAGAGCUUCGAGAACAAGUAAUGUUGGUGGCGAAUGCGCUGGAUAUGACAUUCUCAAAGGGAGACGCAAUUGCAAUCGACAUGCCAAUGACAGUCCAUGCUGUUAUCAUAUAUUUGGCAAUAAUACUUGGAGGAUUUAUAGUCGUAUCAAUAGCUGACAGUUUCGCACCCAAGGAAAUUGCAAGCCGUUUGCACAUUUCUAAGGCAAAAGGAAUAUUUACUCAGGAUUUUAUACAAAAAGGAGGCCGGAAGUUUCCCUUGUAUAGUCGAGUUGUAGAAGCUAAUCCAGCAAAAGCAAUUGUGCUUCCUGUGGUUGGAGACGGCAUGGGCGUUAAGUUGAGAGAGAAAGACAUGUCCUGGAAAGCUUUUCUUUGUCAAGCGGAUCAUAUUCCCAGAAGGCAUUAUUACCCAUCCUUUUACCAAAGCGUUGACUCCGUGACAAAUAUUAUCUUUUCUUCUGGGACUACAGGAGAACCAAAAGCAAUACCGUGGACUCAACUUUCACCUAUCCGUUGUGCUGCUGAGUCAUGGGCUCACAUUGAUGUUCAGGCUGGAGAUGUUUUCUGCUGGCCUACAAACUUAGGGUGGGUCAUGGGACCGAUUGUGCUCUACUCCUGCUUUCUAGCCGGUGCAACUCUUGCUCUUUACCAUGGAUCUCCACUCGGAUGGGAUUUCGGAAAAUUUGUUCAGGAUGCAGGAGUGACCAUUUUAGGCUCUGUACCAAGUUUAGUAAAAGCAUGGAAGAGUACACAAUGUAUGGAAGGACUUGAUUGGACCAAGAUCAGGUCAUUUGGCUCCGCAGGGGAAACAUCCAAUGUCGAUGAUGACCUCUGGCUUUCUUCGAAAUCCUUCUAUAGCCCCAUUAUCGAGUGUUGUGGCGGCACGGAACUCGCAUCGACUUACAUUCAUGGAAAUCAUCUGCAGCCUCAAGCUUUUGGUGCAUUUAGCAAUGCUUCCAUGACGACCAGAUUUGUCAUCUUGGAUGACCAUGGAGUUCCUUAUCCAGAUGAUCAACCUUGUGUCGGCGAAGUGGGAUUGUUCCCUGUUCAUAUGGGUGCAACCAAUAGGCUGCUCAAUGCUGAUCAUGAGGAAGUUUACUUCAAGGGAAUGCCAACAUACAAAGGGGUGCAUCUGAGGAGACAUGGAGACAUCAUUAAGAGAACUGUUGGAGGGCACUAUAUCGUGCUAGGGAGGGCCGAUGACACAAUGAAUCUUGGUGGCAUUAAGACUAGUUCUGUUGAGAUUGAGCGCGUCUGUGAUAGAGCAGAUGAAUCUAUACAAGAGACUGCCGCGAUAAGUGUAGCACCACCGACCGGCGGUCCAGAACAGUUGGUCGUUCUCGUGGUGCUCAAGAAGGGGUAUGAGGCUGAACCGAAUGAUCUGAAGAUGAAAUUCUCGAAAGCCAUCCAGGGAAACCUCAACCCUUUGUUUAAGGUAAGCUAUGUCAAGAUUGUUGCCGAGUUCCCUCGAACGGCUUCUAACAAGCUACUGAGAAGAGAGGUGAGGGAUCAGACGCGUCAACAGCUCUUUGCGCAGAGUAAGUUGUAGAGGCGAAUGGGGAGUGUCGUCCCGUAUUCCCGCCGCCAUUGUUGAUGUGCAGGUUCUGAUUCUGGAUUCCAACUGUCAAUUUCUGCUUGAAAGAUAUAAAUUGGGUGGAAGGAAGAUUUUGGAGAUAUAAAAGUUGGAACGAGAAGCACCAUCUGAUCGAAAUUCGGAACACUUGUCUUUGCCAAUUAUAAUAAAACCAUAUUGUUCAAACUGAAAUUACAAAAGCUAUUGCUAUGCUGGGAAUCGGGUUGACGUUCAUUGG